CAGGACACUUGUGGGAAAAGUGCUCUCCUGAACCAGUGCAAGCAGCUGCCCCAGGGCUGGCUCUCCUGAACUUCUAAAACCACCACAUCUCCCUGCAGUCUGUGUUUGCUGCUGACCACAGCAUCUGGAGGGUGUUGGAUGCUUUGUUACAGGAUGAGAGAGCACUCAGGGUAAGCAAGAGACAAGAAGGGCUUCAUGACUUCUGUGAACUCCACUGGCCCCUCCCACCCCCCCACCUUCCUCCUGGUUGGCAUUCCUGGGCUGGAGAAGGAGCAGUUCUGGAUUGCCUUCCCCUUCUGCAUCAUGUACGCCAUAGCUGUGCUGGGGAACAUCAUCCUUCUCAUCAUCAUCAAGACAGAGUCAAGCCUGCGUGAGCCCAUGUACCUCUUCCUGGCCAUGCUGGCCUUCACUGACCUGGUCCUCUCUACAUCCAUGCUGCCCAAAAUGCUCGCCAUCUUCUGGUGGGGCUCCAGGGAGAUUGGCUUUGUUUCCUGCCUUGUUCAGUUGUUCUUUGUCCACAACUUUACAGCAGUGGAGUCUGGUGUGCUCAUGGCCAUGGCCUUGGAUCGCUAUUUUGCCAUUUGCCAUCCCCUGCGGCACUCCACCAUCCUCUCCAUGCCGGUGGUGGCAGCUCUCGGGAGCCUGGUGUUGCUGCGUGGAGUUCUCCUGGUGAGUCCCAUGUGCUUCCUUCUCCAUAAGAAGGCCUUCUGCCAGCAUCGUGUCAUCUCCCAUUCCUACUGUGAACACAUGGCCGUGGUGAAGCUGGUAUGCGAGGACACCAGCAGCAAUGCUGCUUAUGGCCUCUUUGUGGCUUUGUCAGUAAUAGGAGUUGACCUUACUGUGAUCACUGUGUCCUACACUAUGAUCCUGCGGGAGGUACUGAAGCUGUCAGCCUCGGACACGCAGCUCAAGGCCUUUAACACAUGUGCAUCCCACAUCUGUGUCCUCCUUACAUUUUAUGUCUCUGGCCUCUUCACAUUCCUUGCCCACCGGUUUGGGCACAGCAUCCCUCAGCACAUCCAUAUAUUGGUGGCCAACCUCUACAUGCUGGUGCCCUCCAUGUUAAACCCUAUCAUUUAUGGGCUGAGAACCAGGCAACUCAUGAACAAGUUAGCUGUUCUAUUCCAGCAGAGAGGAAUCUGUCCCAUGUCUAUGGGUCAUCAAAUGGUUCUCAUUAACUACUUAUGACUUUCAUAUACUUGAACAGUUAAUGUUACUUUUUGUUCCAGGAAAUACCCUUCCUGAAGUCAUGGAGUACAUGGUGAACAUUCUUGAUUUUCUUUUCCUUUCCCUGUGUAAUUAAAGAUGGCAGAAAGACUUUCCGUCUGGCCUUUACACUGUUUGGAGACGGAGGAGUCACAUAUCCCAGGACUGUCUAUGAUAAAAUACUUCCAGUA